AUGCAACUUAAACGAGUCGCUGUUGAUUUUAGUUCAUUUCAAGUGUUUAGUAUAGGUACAGAUUUAAAACAAUCUGAAUUUUCUAAUCAUAGUUGUCCUGUACUUGCUCAACCUGUUUAUCGAUCAUCAUCAUCAUCAUCAUCAUCCACAUCUAAUAUUGAUAUUGAUCUUCAAUCAUCUUAUUUUCUUUUACUAGACGACAAUGGAGUUUAUCAAGAUGAUGCUGCAGUUAUUUGUAUGGAUUUCGGUCAUUUAGCAUUAAAACGUACUAGAAAACCAAGUGAGAACGGAGAACAAGCCACUUCACUUAAAGAAAACACUUCAUAG